AUGGAUCAAACCAAAACGCCGACACGUCCAAGUGGAAUUCCUCGUCUAGUUUCUAGAAUCCCGUUGCCUACUUCAACCACGAGCUCCGCUUCACUCAGACCAUCUCCAUCGCGCGAGAAAUUACGCAUCGAUCCCGGGCUAAAGGCCACCAGGCUUAGACGACCAUCAGAAGAACCAGAAUUCAAGAAGCCGCUUCCACGAACAUUACAGCCGAGAAAUACCCAGAAUGGCAACCCACAAAAACGACUUGUAUCACAGGCCAGGAGUGACGGGGUAGGAUCGGAGAACGAGAAAGUGCCGGACACUAUGGACACCCGCUCUGAAGAUACGGCAUUACAGGAUGCGGAACCUCGGGGCCGUAUACGGCCUUCGCUGUCAGAAAGAACAAUUGAAACUCUGUCUCAGAUCCCGCCGUCUCCAGCAUCAUCUCGGAGGCCAUCGUCUUUCUUCAAUGCGACUAGUCCGAUUCGAUCACCAUCUCGCCCACCAUCUUCUAUGACCAGCUACUCAAGGUCUCCCUCUCGAUCCUCCACCUCUCGUCAACUGAGUGGUAAUGAUUUCCUAUCUGGUCCCCCGUCCAGCAUACGGCUACCGUCACGGCCCCGCACUUCAGUGCAUAAAACCGGGCCCGCUAAUGAACAUGCUUCGGUUGACAGUGCGGACAGCACACCAAAGUUAACGAAACCAGCGCCUCUAAAGACCCUUCGUUCGGCUGGUUCGCAAUCCAAAGCCCCGGAGUCGCGCCUGGCCUUAAAUAGAGCCCCGGCAGACAGCGGAGUUGCACCGCCAGCUCUUGAGGUGAAAAAAACCAGAAGGGCUCAGCAGAAGGCGUCAAACUCGAGGCUCAAUUCGACAGCUCCAAAGUCACCUGCAGUAUCUGAGCCGGCGGAAACUACCUCGCCGGAGCUGAAAAAAACAUCGAAAUCGUCUAGUGCCCUAAGGGAAAGUAUUGCAAAAGCCAAAGCUGCACGAAAAGCAGCAGCACACCAGCCGUCUCCUCUUGAUGCGUGGACCGAGGCUGAUAUCAAAGAUCCAUUCAACCAACAGCCCAAGGACCAGAACAAAGUGCUCCGGAAGAAGUUAGAUGCAGGCAGGACCACGGGUCACCUCAAUAUUGCGGCCAUGUCCUUGACUACUUUCCCUGACGAGGUCUUGACAAUGUAUGACUUUGAUCCUAAUGCCACUACAGAUUGGUACGAGAGCGUAGAUCUGGUCAAGUUUAUCGCUGCAGACAAUGAGUUCACUGAACUCCCUGACGCGGCCUUUCCAGAUGUCGACUCGGAGCAACUGGACCCGGACUCGGAGGAGAGAGGAAAUCAGUUUGGCGGUCUAGAGGUCCUGGAUGUCCACGGAAACCUGCUAGAACGCCUUCCGAUAGGGUUUAGGCGGCUGCAAAGGCUUCACACACUCAACCUCUCGAACAACAAAUUGACUAUGGAGGAUAUCGAUGUGAUUUUCGAGAUGGCGAGCCUCCGGGACCUGAAGCUGGCUAAAAAUCAACUGCAAGGGCCUUUCUCACAGAAGAUUGGUCAGCUUGACAAAUUGGAAGUUCUUGAUAUUCACGAGAAUACCAUUACCGCUCUUCCUGAGACAGUUGAAGGCCUCAAGCGCCUUCGAGUUUUGAAUGUUGGCCAAAACCAGCUAACGGAAUUGCCGUUCGAGAUCCUAUGCACGCUUCCUCUGAGGGAGAUUAUCGCCCCUAAAAACAAGCUACAGGGCGUAUUGAUUCCAGCCACUGUGGACAAGCUGGACUCUCUGCAAGAGCUGGACGUGGUCGGCAAUGCGCUCACGAGUCUCGGAGAGAAGUUGACGUUGCCCGCUUUAAAGACUCUAGCAAUCAGUAUGAACCGUAUCAAGAAUCUGCCUAAUGUCUCAUCUUGGCAAGCGCUUCUCAAACUUUCAGCCGAGGACAACAGUAUAUCUGAAUUUCCACUGGGCUUUACCGAACUUAAAAAUGUUCGAAACGUCGAUCUGACUGGUAACAAUAUUUCCAGAUUAGACGAAAAAAUUGGGUUGAUGGACAAUCUCUUUACUUUCCGCAUAGCAAACAACCCUCUUCGCGAGCGCAAAUUCCUCAACAUGACCGUGGAGGAUAUCAAGCGUGAUUUGAGAAGCCGAUGCGAACCGGAACCACAAGAGACCGAUGAUGAGGAAGGAUCUGUCGCCACACAGUUCACUCUUGCUCCAGAGACACCGGCUCAGAACUCAGGCUGGCUGCUAAAGCCUGGAGGCGUACUCGAUAGGUCCUAUACUGAUAUGCAAGAGUUCGAUGUGGAACAACUGGAAGCUAUCAACCCGAGCGAUGUCAGAUAUUUAUACUUGCAACACAAUAGCCUGCGCUCUUUUCCUGUACCAGCACUCAGCGUGCUUGCGGCCAAUCUGACAGAUCUCGACUUAUCACACAACCCACUAGAUAUCUCUUCGCUUACCGCUACCCCAGUGAUGCUUGCUAGUCUUCAGACGCUGAAUCUGAGUGCUACGGGCAUUACCACCCUUGAACCACUCAUGACCGGUCUAAAAGCUCCCUCACUAACCUUUCUUGAUGUUUCGUCAAAUAACCUCUCUGGGUCUCUCCCCUAUAUUCGACGGGCAUAUUCCAAAUUGACAACAUUCCUUAUCGCAGAGAACCAGCUGGAUAGCUUGGAUUUUGAAGCCGUUCAGGGUCUACAGGUGCUCGAUGUGGGAAACAAUAGCAUUAGCUCCCUUCCACCACGAAUCGGCUUGCUGCGAGCAGCUGGAAACAGUGCCAACUGGGGUGGCGGUUCGGCUUUACGGCGGUUCGAGGUUGCUGGUAAUAGCUUUCGUGUUCCCCGGUGGCAGAUAGUGGCCAAAGGAACCGACUCUAUCCUAGAGUGGCUGAAAGACCGUAUGCCUGCGGAAGAACUGCAAGAAUAUGAGUCGGGCGGCGAAGGAGACUAG